AUGAACUCUCUGUUAAGAAAAAUCCAAUCUUUACGGCCUAUUUUACUCAAAACCUCGAAAAGAUCGUUUUCUUUUCCAGUUCUUAAACCUUUCCAAAACCCUCAAGUUCAAUAUUUUCAACACUUACUGCAAAGAGACUUUUCGACCCCGUCAUCAAAAUUCCCUGAAUAUGAGAUGCCUUCUGUUACAUGGGGUGUAAUCCAAGGCCGAAAGGAAAAGCUCGUGUCCAGGGUCAUUAUUUGUGACUAUUUGAAAACGAUAGGUAUACUCACUGAUGAACUAGAGGACCUUGAAUUGCCAUCAACGGUUGAAGUAAUGCGUGAACGUGUCGAGUUUUUGCAGAAACUAGGACUCACCAUCGAUGACAUUAAUGAGUACCCACUAAUGCUUGGCUGUAGUGUACGUAAAAAUAUGAUCCCAGUGUUAGGCUACUUAGAGAAGAUUGGGAUCCCGAGAGCGAGGAUGGGUGAGUUUUUGAAGAAUUAUCCACAGUGCCUUCAAGCGAGUGUGGUGGUGGAGCUUGUACCUGUUGUUAAGUUUUUACGGGGACUUGAUAUCGAGAAGCAAGAUAUUGGGUAUGUUUUGAUGAAAUAUCCAGAGUUAUUAGGGUUUAAGCUAGAGGGGACAAUGAGUACUUCUGUAGCAUAUUUAGUUAGUAUAGGGGUAAACCCAAGGGAUAUAGGCCCAAUGGCAACACAAUAUCCGUAUUUCUUGGGAAUGAGGGUUGGUACUAUGAUUAAGCCACUCGUGGAUUAUUUGGUCUCAUUGGGUUUGCCGAAAAAUAUAUUGGCAAGGAUGUUUGAGAAGCGGGCAUAUAUACUUGGAUAUGAUCUUGAAGAAACCGUGAAACCAAAUGUUGAUUGUUUGAUGAGUUUUGGGAUUAGCAAAGAAGCGCUUGCUUCUGUUAUUGCACAGUAUCCACAAAUUCUUGGAUUGCCUUUGAAGGCUAAAUUGUCAUCGCAACAAUUCUUUUUCAACUUGAAGCUCAAGAUUGAUCCCGAUGGAUUUGCUCGUGUGAUUGAAAAGAUGCCACAGAUUGUUAGCCUCAACCAAAAUGUGAUUAUGAAACCUGUUGACUUCUUUCUUGGUCGGGGUAUUCCCGCUAAUGAUGUGGCAAAAAUGGUCGUUAAGUGUCCCCAAUUACUUUCUCUGCAAGUUGGGCUCAUGAAAAACAGUUAUUACUAUUUCAAGAGUGAAAUGGGCAGACCAGCGAAAGAGCUUGUAGAGUUCCCCGAGUACUUUACUUAUAGCUUGGAGCUAAGGAUUAAACCAAGGUACCAAAGGUUACAAAGCAAGGGGAUUAGAUGUUCUCUCGCAUGGUUCCUCAAUUGUAGCGAUCUGAGAUUUGAAGAGAGAUUGAAAGGUGAAUAUAUUGAGGCAGAGAGUUUUGGUCCAACAUUUAUUAUGGGUGGCAAGUUGGAGCUUCCUGGGAGUGAGAUUGUAUCAGAAGAGGAGUAUGAGAGCGAUGAUGAAAUACUUUAUAGACGCACUGUUUCCUUGUAA